UGCUGUGCUUGUCUGGGCCCGUGUGGCCCCUGUCCCGUCACGCCAGAAAGUGUAACUGAGAUCACGUGCUAGGUCACUAAUUGGUGGCUCCAUGUCACGGCCGGAAGGGGUUUAGCGCCAAAUUUAACCUUGCCUGGCUUCCCGUAGCAGAACAAGACACUUGCUGGAUGAGCGACAGCCCUCUGGUUUUCCCCCUUGCACACAACCGUGUAUCGAGAAUAUAAAUCCAAAACGUCGUAUGAAGACCCGAGACGAGUCAGUACUGGCCCUUGGGAUUGUCUUACGAGUUCAGGCGGUGGUUUUGGAUGACUUUUGCCCUGCCAACCUGCUGGUUGCCGACGACAAAGAUUUUGGAGUUGCACCCAGGCGAACCUCUUGUCCAUCGCGAACACGCGAAGCGCGCGACAAUCCGAGCUAGGUAGGGACCGCAAACCACCAAACCACCAAACCCUCCAAACCCGAUCCUCGGCAGCCACAUUUGUCUUCCUGCCCACCAUGGCCUCCCCUGCCGUCGCAGCUCUCCCAGUGAACGGCACCACUUCAAUGCCCCGCGCCGACUCGCCCUCGUCAAUCAAUUCGUCAACAAAGCGAAAACGCAACGAGAGCGAAGACUCCGCGGCCGGACUCGACCGCAACCAUGCGAGCGAAGAAACCACCAAUAGCACCUAUAGACAGCCAGAUCAAAAAGCCCUUGUCCAAGAUUACUUUGAUAUCUUAAGAACAUACGACACGGAUAUUGCCAUUCUCAAACGUCCCCUGCACGAAAGCGACCCGGUCGAUGAGCCUCGGGCCAAGCGACAGAAGUCCGACGAGACCGCCGUUGUCACCACGAUUGAGGGCAAAGUCAAGCAGGGUGGCUACAACACUCUAGAAGACCUUGUCUUAGACAUCACACAGGUGGUCAAAACUCUGCUGGCAACACCAAAAUCAGCGGAAUCUGGCGACGACUCUCUCGUGUCCGAAGAGAUGAUUGCCAAAGCCGUCAAGUUCAAGGACAAGGCCCACCAGCUGUUCAGGCGCGAACUUGCUUAUCCCCAGCUCGACCCGUUCCAGCCAGACAUGGCCGGGCCGAAGGAUGAUCAAAAUGGCAAGGGGCCUGUGUCCCUCAUGAUCUAUUCUAACACGAGCGCUGGGAGGAGGCCUCUGCUUACCAGCCUCCAACAGCGUCCUGGUCCCGAGUACGAAGGAGAAGGGACCCCGGCGACCAUCUCCAAUACCAACUUGCCGGACGGCGUGUACGUGGCGCAACCGGGCCCCGAGCUGUCGGCAAGUGAGAAGCCUGGCCGGUCACUCACAUUGGGCGAACUCUUCCCAUCUCCUCGAAACCUGCCUCCUCUUCAACCCCACAAACCCGCCAAGAGUACGAUCAAGAACAACGUGCUGACGUUCUACCAUCCCGAACUCACCAACCAGUCGAAAUUUCGAUCUGGUACAUAUUUCUCGCAAAAUCUGUCGACGGGACAGUGGUUGGAUUACAGCAACGCGACACCGUCAUCGCAUAUCAAGACAAAGCAACGGCAAAGAGCCCAAAGUCUUGCUGGGCACAAACCUUCCUCGACCGAGCUUGAGAUGUCGGAGAUGGAGGCCCUGUUCCGAGGAGCUUUCUCCAGCUUCGCUCCUUGUAAGGACGACACGGCGGCCAUGGUCUCGUCCGGCCAGCUAAGCCAUAUGUACUGGCAACAAUGGGGCCGGAGGAAUCUCCAGCGAAUGAUCGAGUCCGAGGUGCCCGGUGACGAGGAUGCCGACGGCCCCGACGAUCUGGCCAUAGACAUCGACGAAGAACUCAUUCAGGAAGCCAUUGACAACUGGGAUGAUGCCGCGGUUGACCCCAGCUUAGCGCACGUCAUGGGAGAGAAGUCUGACCAGGACAAAGAAGUGGACGACCUUCUCGAAGAAGUUUCGAAUCUAAUUGAAACGCUUGCGUCCUACCAACGCAACAGAAACCUGACGCUGCCAACGAGCCAGGACCGGAACUCGACUGACCCCCCUAAUGGCGACAUGCUCCGGAACGGUUCCCUUGCUCACCAGCCCACCGAAGAAGAGAUGCUGACGUAUGAGGCACUAAAGUCCCAGCUUUCCCUGAUCAUUCAGACCUUGCCUCCAUUUGCUGUGGCUCGGAUCAAUUCCAACAAGCUGGAAGAACUGAACAUCAGCACGAAGAUCCAGAUUCGUACCAACGAAUACAAGGGAGUGAUGGAGGAGGACGAGCCAGCAGCUCGCGCCAGGCAGGCAGCGGCUCAAGCCUCGGGUUCCGGUCAGCGAGCGCCCCACCGGACGCCAAGCGUCCCUGCGGGCGUACCAUACGCAAACCAUCAAUAUGGUGGCCAGUAUGGGCCGACAAGCCGCUCACCGAUGCCCAACACGCCGCACUUCCCUCAGACGCCAAUCCGGUCGCAACCCAACAUGUACCAGAGGUCGGCGUCAACGGUGUCCAUACCGCAGCCGCACCAGGCCCAAGCCCGGCCACCGCCGCAACAACAGCCAUAUCGGACACCCAGUGGCUAUGGUGGAUUGGCCCCACAACUCGCAAAAUCCCAAACCCCGUACGGGCACUCCAACAUGCCUCAGUAUGCCGGUGGCGUAUCAGGCCAGCCGCGAAUGCACCCUCAUCAAGGUUACCCGAACAUGGGUCAGGCCGCUACGCCAAACCACCGGUACACACCGAGCUACCCGGCAGGAUACCCUCAACAGCAGCAAAUGCACCCACAGCCUCACGCUCAACAGAGGCAAUACCCUCCUCAGUAUAUGAACGGUGCUGCUCAGAUGCCCCAGCGGACAAUGUCGCCACAAGUCCCUACUCAGGCGCAUACGUACAGCCAGUCUCCAACACCUCCUCAGCAGCAUCAGCAGAUCAGCCGUCCUGCCUACGGAACCCCAGCCCAAGUAAUCCCCCCUAAUGUCCGCCACUACAACUCCGCUUCGCCGGGCAUACCACAGCAAGCAGGACAACAGGCAGGACAACAGGCAGGACAACAGGCAGGACAACAGGCAGGACAACAGGCAGGACAACAGGCAGGACAGCAGGCAGGUGAACAGACAGGGCAGCAGGCGGGACAGCAGGUUGGUAAUCGUUCCGUCGUUGGCAUCACGGGCUACCAUACAGUCAUGGGUGAUGCACAGCAGCAGCAGGUACUGGAGCAGGCUCGCCAGCAGGCCCAGGCACGUCAUGAAGCCCAGGCGCGGACAAUUGGCUACGGCACCAAAGCCCCACAGGGGGAAAUCGCGGGCCUCGCAGGGAUCGGUCUCACCGGCAACGUUGAUUACCAGAAGCUGGCCGCCGCGCGAGCGAGGGGGGCGGUCAUGGGUAACAACAGCACGUCCCCGAGUCCGAGGCCCGGGGGCAUAAACGGGGCUGGUGCAGUCCCUCCUGCCACAUCAGAUUCGCCGGCACAAGGCAGUGAUGGGAGCCCGGUUCCCGCGGGCGGGUUCAGCCAUCCUUCUUGAACUGGAGAGAUCAUUUUAGAGACUUUGUGCUUCAAUUCUACGCUUUAGGUAGCAGUCAGAUUUCCGGACGCAGGCCGAGUUCGAUGCUAAGCAGGUUAAGGAGGGAGGGGCCGGGGGUCAAUUCAAUACGCCAGUCAUUCUGGGAUUGCCGGGCUUGGCAUUGAACCAUCCGGUGUGCCGGACAGGGGCUGUAUCCCGGGCAGAGAGCAUGGCUGAGACGAGACAAUACUGACCAGGAAGGGAUUUGUCCUUGUGGGAGCCAAGGCGUGUAUAAUGAUAAGGAGGGAAAAGUGAAUCGUGGUAGAUUCAGGAGUUGGUUUUUUCUUUUCUUCUGCAAGGAUGUGGACGUUUAAGCGUGGGUCAGGUCAACGGGAUAAGGCUC